GGUGUGGUUCCAACUGCUCAGCGUGCUGCUAUAGUUGUAGGAGUAGAGCUACCUGUCUAUGAUAUUACCAAGAAGCACCUGAUACUGUCAGGAAUGAUGGGAGACACAAUUUUAACUCACUUUGUUUCCAGCUUUACAUGCGGCUUGGCUGGGGCUCUGGCAUCCAAUCCAGUUGAUGUGGUGCGAACUCGCAUGAUGAAUCAGAGAGCAAUUGUGGGACAUGUGGACCUCUACAAGGGCACUUUGGAUGGUAUUUUAAAGAUGUGGAAACAUGAGGGCUUUUUUGCACUCUAUAAAGGAUUUUGGCCAAACUGGCUUCGACUUGGACCCUGGAACAUCAUUUUUUUUAUUACAUAUGAGCAGCUCAAGAGGCUUCAAAUCUGAGAACUGAAUACCUGUCAGCCCAACCCUGCCAGCCUUUCUACUAUUUUUCUUUUCCCUUUCUUCAUGUUCUAAUGUAUUUUGACAAAGUUGUAAGUGUUUACUGAACCAGUGGUCUCUCAGGGCCUCCUGAUGGAAGAACAAUAGGAUUGUUCAAAGUUGUUUAUGUGUUUGUGUUACCAUGUUAACUUUUCCCUGAAAGAAAGUGUUAACAUUGAGAGUCUGGCCCCAGAUUGGUAUCUUCUAUGAAGAUGGAUACUGAUGGGUGACAUUCAAAAUGGCCUUCUUUCCAAAUGUGGGUUAAAUGUAAUUGGUUGCCCCCAAACUUGGGCUAGAGCAGAAGGCGUAGGCCAGGACAGUUAUUGCCAUGUAUGUUACAGACCUCGGUUCUCAUUAAAGUAUUUA